AUGCAUACAUGUUCCCUUGAUUUUCGUCGUAACGCACAUCGACAUGCCACUAGUUCUGUAAUUGUCGAGCACAUUUUGGGAAAACUGGAUACUCCAUAUCGAUCGUAUGACCCUACCGCUAUUGCACGUGAUAUGGAACCUUUCGGCGCAAGCAUUCGUGGUUACAUGCAGUACUUAAGACCCAUAUAUCCGUUAACAUGGGGGAUCGUGGUUGCUGAAAUCAAUAAAUCCUGGAAGUGGUUUAUGUCCAACUUGAAAGAGCUUAUAGGGGACUCCGACAACCUCGUAUUUGUUUCAAACGGGAAAAAGAGCAUUGACAAAGCUAUUACUCAGUUGUUUCCAUUGUCUCACCAUGGUUGUUGUAUCUGGCAUCUCGAAAAGAACCUAAUACAGCGGUACAGCAACGCAAGUGCAAUACUUCUAUUCAAACGAGCUGCUACGACCUAUCGUGUCGAGGACUUUGAAAGACUCAUGGGACAAAUUCUUAGGGUGAGCGCAAGAGCGCACGGGUACUUAGAGCGUGCAGAUUAUUCAUUUUGGUCCCGAGCACUAUUUAUUGGCCACCGUUACAACAUUAUGUCGAACAACAACGUAGAGUCUUUGAACUCCAUGUUGAAAGAAGCCGGUUCUUUAUCGAUAACCUGCUUGGUCGAACACAUUUGGAGUACUAUGCAGAAGUGGUUUUAUGAACGUAAAAAAAAUGCGAUCGAAUGCAGUACCGUAUUGACGCCGAGGAUGGAAAACGAGUUACGGAUGACAUUCGAAAGUGGAACUAGGCUUCGAGCCCAUUUAUUGACAAACAACUUAACUCAGGUUGGAAUAUCCAACAAUGUGGAUAUAGUUGACUUUUUCGAAGAUACCUGUACAUGUCGUGAGUUCCAACUAAAUCGUAUGUCAUGUGUUCAUGCAACUCGUGCUGCUUACUUUAGAGAAAAGUCUAUGUAUGACCUCUUUGCUCCCCUUAUUACACAUCUGAAUAUUAGAGGGGUGUCUAUAGCGAAGCUAUAUAUCCUGUUGGACAUGAAGUGGACUGAGUUGUUCCGAGUUUAA